AUGAAUGUCGGUGAGAAGGUGCAACAAGAUGAAAAUCAAACACAUCUUCCCCUAMACAAGAAAUCAAAUAACCUUUUUAUAAAGGAAAAGGCUGUGACAGAAUACAACAAACCUGAUAAUAUAAGGCUUCGUAAUUUGAACUUCAAUCAUAGAAAAUAUCUGGACGAAAAAAAAACGAAGCAAUUUCCGGUUCCGGUUAACUUCGAAAAGUCUACCAGAUGUGAAGUCGGUAUAGGUUUAGAACCUGGGGAAUUAACUGACGUUAACCUUGAUUAUAUACCAAAAUCCCCGUCUAUAGAAAAAAUAUCAGGGCCCAACACUACCAUUACACCGAAAAACAUAAUACAUUUACAAUCUGAUUCAGAUCUUGUUAUCGAAGAAUGUGAUCGCGGUUAUGACUGUGGCCCUUUUUAUCACCUAUACAACUACGAAAAUAGAAUCGAACCUGAUGAUUACGAAGCCAUUAUUGAAGCUAUAAUAACCGACGAAAUUGCCGGUACAUAUCCGAUGUUUGAACGAGAAUUAGAAUAUCAAGAGUUGAAAGGCCUUGUUAGAAAGCGGGAUUAUAUUUUAUAUUAUUUGUUUUCUAAGGAUUACUUGGGAUUCUUUCAGCUAAAAGAGGAACGUACAUUUUUUUAUACUUACCCCUCRAUUGCUUAUACUAGCCCAUUGAGAUAUCUGGAUAACGUACCUGAAAACGACUUGUUCACUGAAGAAAAUGAUGAGCAGCUUCAGUCAUUUGAUUUCGAAAAUAUGUCAUCUGUUAGGACUUUGGACAGCGGUGUAUGGCGUUAA